AUGAUACCAAGUGGAGCAUGUUUAGUUAUCAUUGUAGCUAUUGUUGCCUUUAUGGCUAUGUCCAUGCAUCAUAUAGAAGAAGGUCACGUCGGAGUAUAUUACAGGGGUGGUGCGUUACUAAGUCGAGUUAGUCAGCCAGGUUAUCAUAUGAUGCUUCCAUUUAUCACGACCUAUAAAUCCGUUCAAGUAACAUUGCAGACGGAUGAGGCCAAAAAUGUUCCUUGUGGUACCAGCGGAGGAGUAAUGAUUUAUUUCGACCGUAUUGAGGUGGUUAAUAUUCUUUCUUCAUCAAGUGUUUAUGAUAUUGUAAAGAAUUAUACAGUUGAUUAUGACAAGCCGUUGAUUUUCAACAAGGUUCAUCACGAGGUCAAUCAGUUUUGUAGCAGCCACACUUUGCAGGAAGUUUACAUAGAUUACUUUGAUAAAAUUGACGAAAGUUUGAAGAAAGCGUUGCAGGAUGAUUUAACAGUUAUGGCUCCUGGUUUAUAUGUUCAGGCGGUCCGCGUAACAAAACCUAAAAUCCCUGAAUCUGUUCGACAGAAUUAUGAGCAUAUGGAGGCUGAAAAGACUAAACUUCUAGUGGCUACACAGCAUCAGCGGGUCGUUGAAAAAGAGGCUGAAACAGAACGGAAAAAGGCAGUGAUAGAGGCAGAAAAGGCUUUACAGGUGGCAAAGAUACAUUAUGACCAACAAAUUCAAGAGAAGGAGGCACAGAAGAAGAUAUCGUUCCUUGAAGAUGAAAGCCACUUGGCGAGAGAAAAGGCUCGUGCAGAUGCUGAGUUUUACAAGAAACAAAAAGAAGCAGAAGGAAACGCAUUGCUGUUGACGCCGUACGACUCAACAGUUACUAACGAGCACCUUUACAGUGAGUAUCUUGAACUGAAAAAAAUAGAAGCGAUCGCUGCAAAUAACAAAAUUUAUUAUGGAUCCAAUAUACCGAAUGCUUUUAUCAGCUCAGAACUUUUGUUACCCAAAUCAGGUCAUAGCAAGGAAGCUCAUAAGAAGGUGGCGUAA